GGAGGGAGGUGGUAUUGUCAUUCAGCCAGAGAAGGAGGAGGGGUCGGCGGACGAGAGAGUCGGGGAGGGAGGUUCAGAAGGAAAAGGAGUGGCCUUCUGCUGAUAGUCGCCCUCUCUGCCGGAGUAAAGUCUUCUCUCAGUGGCAGCUUACAGGAGGGAAAACAAACCAGAAGUUUUGAGAUACAGAGCAGGGAAGCAGAAAGAAGAAAAGACACAGCUGUCCUCAAAACCGCAUUCUCUCCCAGGCUGUAUGUGGGUUUUGUACAGUCAUGGCAUCAGCAGCUCCACCAAAAAGGAUGGUGUCCUCUGUCUUCAUCACUCUGGCAUCUCCUCACCGAGCCACUGUGACACCGCAGCAGCCCGUCCUCCAGGCUCACAGCGCCCCGGCUAGAGACAAGCAGCACACUGCUGUACGAGUCAGCCCCAGUGACAACAUCCCCACCGUCAGACAUAAGAAAGAGGACCACUCACAGUCUAAGCCCUCUGGCAGUGCGGACAGCACAGGCCGGACUCGUACAGGCGUCUCCGCCCGAGCUUCAGACCCUCAGAGUCCAAAACCUGCCCCACCUGGAGCCAGCAGAGGAAAGCUGCAAGAAAAGGGCAUGCAUGCUGAAGAGCUCUUCCCUCUUCCUCCUCCUCCUCCUCCUGCUGUUGCAUUGCCUUCAUCUCCUGGAACAUCGCUCUCUGAAGAAUCAGCUCUUCCACCACCUCCUCCUGCCCAGACGCCUCUCUCCCCUCUGACCCCAGGCCAGCAGCCAGUUUACAACACAGAGGUGGAAACAAGCACACCAUCUAGUGGGUUGAAACAGGAUGAACAAUCCCAUGGGAUCCAUAAUAACGGCCAAGACACGAGCGGGGAGAGUCGAGAGGUGUGUGGCUUCUGUCGGAAACCCGUGGCUCUCUCUGAACCUGCAAUAGAGGCUUUAAACAGGACGUACCAUGAUGGUUGUUUCCAGUGUAGGUCUUGUCACAUUCCCCUGGCUGGUAAACAGUACUACAACAAGGCAGGAAUCCCCCUCUGUGAGGACUGCUACCAGGCCAGUCUGGAGCUUUGCUGGGCGUGUGGGGAGGCCAUCACAGAUCAUGUGAUCCGAGCACUGGAGCGAGCGUACCACCUUACUUGUUUCACCUGCGCAACAUGUAAACAGCAAAUUGGAGAGCUGCCUUUUGCUCAGGGAGAAGUUGGAGAGGUGUACUGCCUCCAGGACUAUUACAGGAAGUAUGCUCCGAAUUGUCAUGCCUGCAACCAACUAAUUAUCCCAAAAGAGGAUGGUACUGACAGCUAUAAUGUUAAAUGCCUGGGACGCUCCUACCAUGAGAACUGCUACAGAUGUGAGGUCUGCGUCAUCCAGCUCUCUCCUGAACCAAAUGACCAUGGCUGCUAUCCUUUGGAUGGUAGGUUGCUUUGCAAAUCCUGCCAUCUGAACCUGGUCUCUGCCCAGCACUAACACCGGCCUCACAGCCGGGGAUACACUGCAGCUGAUGGAAAAGUGCCACGAGUCCAGGUUCAAAGUCGUGGGAGACUCUGCAUGUGCAUUUAAGACUCUGGAAUACAAACGUCACACACCCUUUUUUCCAGCAGAAAAAUAAUGAAAUAUGGCUUUUUUUUAAAAAGAUUUUUUACAAUAUAUCAUGCUCUCUGAGGAUCCUCCUUUUCUUCUUUUAUACUUGAUCAUUUUGCACUCCAUAAACUACAAAAUGCACCAAAUAUAUUUAUGCAACAGCCUUUGCAAAAACAUACGGCAAGCAUUGAACUUUGUAAAUCUCAGUCAGUGUACUGUUUCUCAACUGCAUUACCACUUUAUAUAAAAAAAAAACUAUCUAGAAAAAACAAACUUUAUAUAAAAGUAACCUAAUAUAUUUUAUCUUGAGGCAGGCUCCAACAUAACAUUUGUUAAAUUACACAAACACGAUCAACAAGUAUUGACAAGUGGAAAAAAAGAUGACAGUUUCACUCACAGUAGUGUAAUUGAUUUAAAAAUUUGUCCGUUCUGGGCUACUGUAGAAACAACAUGGUGGACUUUGUGGAAGAGGACCCACUCCACAUGUAGAUAUAAACGGCUCAUUCUAAGGAAACAAAAACACAACGUUUUGUAUUUUCAGGUGAUUAUAAACUAAUGAAAACAUAGUUAUAAAUAUGAUAAAUCAUUUGUGCUAAAAGAUACCCCUAAAUCCUUCACACUGAACCUUUAACUCAUGAAGAUCUUCACUGGACUACAGGGCCUUAUAUUUGUCUUUUUUUUUUUUUUUUUUUUUGCCUCAACACUAGAUCUAUUCACAUUGAUUUGACGUUACAAUCUUAAAAUCUCAUUCAGAUCCUAGUCAAGUUAUUGCAUUAUUUAUAUUUUGUAUCUCAAAAUGACAUGUCUUUGUAAUUAUAUUUCUUUGUAUCGAAAACAUUUAUUACAACAUUUUCUGGAAAACGUGUUAUUGGCAUUUCUGUUUUAUUCACCACACUUUUAUUGUACUUGGUAAAUAUUGUCUUUUAAGUGAGAUUUAACUUUUGGAAGUGAUGAAAAGUUGAAUUCAUACAGAAUAAAAUACAUCUCUGCUCUUUUCAUAC